UUCCGGCCGCCAACACCAGCAGCAUUUUUUCGCGGUAAAAUGAAAUGAAUAUCUGAUGUGUUGUUCUGUCAUCUAACGCGAAGGUAGUUUCUGUAACUAGUAUUUAGAAAUCAAAAUAUUAGAGAAUUAUCUCGUCAGCGUUGCUAUGAAAUGAGAGCAAAGCUACGUUAGCUACCAAGGUAUCAUCAAAACAUUGGACGUGUUAUCCCCUCCAUUACUACACAAUACAGAAACUAUACAGCAUAAAACAAUGGCACUAGUAACCGGAGAAAGUCUCAAAUCAGAGCUGGAUAUGUUCAACAUAGACUGCCAAGAUGACUCCGUCCUCGACAAGAUGGUGGAGCAGUGUAUGUGUAACAGGAUACAGGUAGAUCAGAUGGUGCUGGAGUGGGUGGCCUACAGCGCCACAAAUAAUGGACUACAUCUCACCACGGACACCCUGGAGCAUUUUGAACAUGAGGUGUUGAACAAGAAGAAUAAAUCCAAACAAAGCUUCAGAAAAGAAGAAACUCUUAACAGAACCAGAGACAUCCACUCUCUACAGGACUUAAUCAAAGCUGAGGAAGAGGAGGAGAAUCUACUGGACUCUUACUCUACUCCGGCUAAGGGCUCUCAGAAGCGAGCGCUGACCACUCCUGAACACCCUCAUUCAAAAAGAAGUACAGCUCUGCUGACCAGUCCGGGCCUGCUGCUGUCUCCUGCCAGCUUUUCUCCCAGUUCAACACCCUCACACAAGUACAGCCAGCGAGGAGCGAAAGGGGAGGUGGUGGUUUCAUUCGGGGCCGUGCAGGGCACCCGCUGGGCAGGCAGGAAGGAUUUAGGCGCCGACGUCCAGCUGGAGCUCCUGGAAGGGCCUGAAGACUCGCUCCGCAGCAGCUACAAGUACAUGUUUCAGAGGCUGCGCGAUGUUCGAAAUGUGCUGACGGAGAAGAUAGAGGAGCUCGGCGACGGCCUCAGGUCUCACUUCAACAUCGACGAGUUCUCCCCCGUCUCUCUGCCCGCUCAGGACAGUAUAACAGUGUUGGGUCAGGUUUGCUGUGACAGUAACGGCAAAUUGAACGCACAGUCGGUUCUGUUGGAGGCGGGACCGGAGCAAGGCGGUCAGCAAGUGCCUGUCGAUCUAUCAGAGCUUAAAGACUACUCCCUGUUUCCUGGUCAGGUGGUAGUGAUGGAGGGGAUGAACACAACGGGGAGAAAACUGAUGGCUUCCAAACUCUAUGAGGGGGUCCCUCUUCCUUUCUACACUUCUGAGGUGAAAAUGGAGACGGAUGAAGUUAUUGCAGAGCCCUUGAAUGUACUGGUGGCAUGCGGACCGUACACUCCCUCUGACAGCCUGACCUUUGACCCUCUGCUGGACCUAAUCAAUGUCAUUGUCAGGGAUCGUCCUGAUGUCUGCCUGCUGCUGGGCCCGUUCGUGGAUUCCAAACACGAACAAAUUGAGAAAGCUCAGGUGACCGAGAUGUUUGAGGCCAUUUUCUCAAGAUGUAUCGAAAGCAUUGUGGACGGGACCAAAAGUGUCGGCUGCCGCCUGGUGUUUGUGCCCUCCCAAAGAGACAUCCACCAUCAUUUCAUCUACCCACAGCCUCCCUUCACCCUGCCCAACCUCAGCAAGGACGAAGCCCAGCGUGUCACCUUGGUGCCCGACCCCUGCACCCUGCUGAUUGACGGUGUCACCUUUGGCCUGACGUCCACUGACAUCCUGUUCCACAUGGGCGCAGAGGAGAUCAGCUGCGGCACUGGAACGGACAGGUUUUCACGCAUACUGAAACACAUGCUGACCCAGAGGAGUUACUACCCGCUGUACCCGCCUGUGGAGGAGGUGAACAUGGAUUAUGAGAAGUUCCAGAUCUUCGGUCAGAUGCCGCUGACCCCCGACGUCCUCAUUAUUCCCUCCGAGCUGCGCUACUUUGUCAAGGAUGUGGUCGGAUGUGUAUGUGUCAAUCCUGGACGGCUGACCAAAGGCCAGGUGGGCGGGACCUACGGCAGGCUGAUCAUUCAGCGCAGCGCUACAUCGGACGACGGGAGGAGAGCGAGCCCCUGUUUGGCUGCUCAGGUGGUGAAAAUCUAAAAAGGGGAAGAAAAAAAAAAACUCUGAAUGCUCGUUGUCGCCACAAAUGAGCUGA